CGGGCUCGGGCUAUAAGAACGGCUGGUGGGCAGGGGCGCCGCGCUCACCAUGGCCCUCCGCGCACCAUCCAGCCAGACUCUGGCCCCCAUGCUGCUGGCCUUGUUCCUGGGCGGCCCGGCACUGGCCUCAGAGAUUGUUGGUGGCCGGCCAGCCCAGCCCCACGCCUGGCCCUUCAUGGCGUCCCUGCAGCGGCGUGGAGGUCAUUUCUGUGGCGCCACACUCAUUGCCAGGAACUUCGUCAUGUCAGCAGCCCACUGUGUGAACGGCCUAAACUUCCGGUCGGUGCAAGUAGUGCUGGGGGCCCACGACCUGCGGCGACGGGAGCCCACUCAACAGACCUUCUCUGUGCAGCGGAUCUUCGAGAACGGCUUCGACCCGUCACGCCUACUGAAUGACAUUGUGAUUAUCCAGCUCAAUGGCUCAGCUACCAUUAACGCCAACGUGCAGGUGGCCCAGCUGCCUGCCCAGGGCCAGGGUGUGGGUGACAGAACUCCAUGUCUGGCCAUGGGCUGGGGCAGGUUGGGCACAAACAGACCGUCGCCCAGCGUGCUGCAAGAGCUCAAUGUGACAGUGGUGACUCGAAUGUGCCGCCGCCGUGUGAACGUAUGCACGCUGGUGCCACGCCGGCGGGCAGGCAUCUGUUUCGGGGACUCGGGCGGACCCUUGGUUUGUAACAACCUCGUCCAAGGCAUUGACUCCUUCAUCCGAGGAGGCUGUGGAUCUGGAAUCUACCCAGAUGCCUUCGCGCCUGUGGCUGAGUUUGCAAAUUGGAUCAAUUCCAUUAUCCGAAGCCAGGAUGACCGCCCCCUUACCCAUCCCAAAGACCGAGAGGGCAGAGCCAACUAGGACCUGUCUGUCCCCCCAUCUCCCCGUUCCCCCUUCCCUGCCAGAGACCUCAGGCACCCUCUCUGUUUGACCACAAUAAAAGCAACCUUUGUUUUGUA